AUGGCCAUGCGACAUGAUGCCACUGUAACCGCAACAGUCGAUGGUGGUACCAACAGCGUUUCAGUGAGCGUGACAGCUCUUGCAUCUGGGGAACAUUCCCACGAGUUCACAGGCAGGUCUUGUGCUGUCUUCUUUGCAAGGGAUACUGCAAGGAAGCCCAGAUCAUCAGAUCCAGAAAAAAAAAUAAAUAAAAGAACAAGACGGCAGAGAGCUGAGUUGCGGCCAAACGUCUUUCUUCAUCAUCCCUUAGCCUUAGCUUGGUCGUCCUCCCGGUGGAUAUUCGAUGUUGGAAGUUUCGACGUUGCCGAGCCGCGCAGGGUCUCCGUUCGUCCGGGGCCUUGGCAGCAGCGCUGUCCCCCAAGGUCACUCGGUCCUGGCAUCGAGAGGAGUCUUCGAUCUGAAGAAGUUCCUCUGAAGUGGGAAGGCCGCAGAUGGAGGGUUCCUGUCGAUAGCCUCUAG